AUGGAUCGUCGCAAUAGGGAAGACGUUCGCGCGCCCUCGAAUUCGCAUCAUGGCUACUAUUGGGACGACUGGACGGGUUCCGACGACAUGCGAGCCAUGUGGGACCUGCCAGGCGUGAGGACGGCGUGGGAGCGGAGGCGAGAAGCAUCGGGAAAGGUUCCGUUCGAGAUGAAACGGGUCGGAGACAAGCUCGUGCCUUACAUCGGCCUUGAAGAGCUCCAAGGAGUGACGCUCAUUCUCCUGCGCCGCCACUUCAGCGGGCGGGGCAAGCGGUUGUGGCCGACAGGGUUGGCGGGCAGUGAGGGCGACGCGGUGCUGGCAGUGUGCGCCGUGGCGCGCGUGGAGAGCGCGUGGCAGCCCCUGGCGUACCGCUUCGAGCCGCGCCUUGGGGAGGCGAGCACCGGACUCAUGCAGGUGCUGCAGUCAUCAGCAGAGUGGCUAGCGAGGGACAUGGGGUACCGCGCCUACACUGUUGACUGGUCCUCCUCCAUGCUCUACCGCCCCUUCGAGGCCAUGUACUAUGGCAUGGCAUACCUCGCAUGGCUCACCACCUACAAGGGCACCACACGCAGUGAGGAGUAUGUGGUGCGAGCAUAUAAUGGUGGGCCGGGUGGGUGGGAGAAGCCAUCUACAGCAAGGCACUGGAGCAAGUACAUGCAGGCGAAAGAGGAGAUACUACGGAUGCCACGUGGCGCAUCUGCCCCAUCCGUUCUGCCCACGUCAGCAGCACCAUCUCAAUCGCCAGACAGAUCCCCCUUCCCGUCCACACCACAACCCACACAUCCAUCACACAAUCCCGGCACAACUCCCAACCCUGGUCAACCUGCCAAUCCUGCCUGGUCUGCUGCACCCACGUCCGCCCCAGGGGGACGCUUCUUGGGCAAUCUAGCAGCGGUCAGUCAACCCCAAGCAGCCAACCCAGCCAUCCCACACACCCCAUUUGCACCAGCAGCCCCUCAAGCACCCUUCCAGUCAACCCAGCAAGCACCCUAUGCAUCAGCCCCGCCUGCUGCCAUCCCCUCCACCUCACAAGGCAUCUCCCCUCAGGCACCUACUCCCUCUGCCAAGGACGCCCCUGGUCCUAUGUGGGCCCCACCACCUGUGCCGCCCACAGCAGCCCGUCAACCCGCCUACCCCUCUGCCUCACCUGCUCCUGAUCCCUCUCCCUCACAACCAUCCUAUCCCUCUUUCACACAGCCUUCUUAUCCCUCUCCCUCCCAACCUCCGUAUCCCUUCACCCCCCAACCUUCCUAUCCCUCUCCCUCCCAACCCCCCUACCCUUCUUCCUCGCAACCACCCUAUCCUUCUGCCCCCCAAACUUCCUAUCCCUCUCCCUCCCAACCGCCCUAUCCCUCUGCCCCUCAACCUUCCUAUUCCUCUCCCUCCCAACCUGCUUAUCCCUCUCCCUCCCAACCCCCGUAUCCCUCUCCCUCUCAACCCCUCUACCCUUCUCUCCCACAACCUUCCUAUCCCUCUGCCCCACAAUCCCUCUACCCCACUCCCCCCCAACCUCGCUAUCCCUCUGCCCCCGAACCUCUCUAUCCAUCCAUCUCACAGCCUCCCUAUCCUUCUCUCAAUGACCCAACACCCUCACUGCCACAACCCCCUUUCAGCAUGCCCCCGCCACCUGCUGCAGCACCAUCACCCCCACAAGCACCCACUUUCCCCGACAAUGAUGCACCUACCCCUCCUGCGGUCCCUGCAACCCAGUCUGCUCCCAAGGGUCGGUUCCUGGGCAACCUGGGUGCCCUCAGACCGCAUAAAUGA